AUGCAUACACCUUCGCUAUUCUUGGCCUCCGCGGUCGUUCUUUCCUCACUUGCCUCCGCAGAAGGGGACCGACCAAAAUAUUACUUCCCACGAGAAGUCAAAAGACAAAUAUAUUCAAACAAUACCAUUACAAGCAAUACACCAGCUCAAACAUCACACACGAAGGAUGAAUCUACAAUUACAUCGUCGUUCUCAUCCACAAAAGAUCCACUAUCAGAUGAUGGAACUCAAGAUACUACGACGAAUAAGAGGGCAUCUUCAAGUAAUUCAUUCUUGGAUACUUUCUCUUCUAUACUUGGUUUAGGAACGACAACUACAACAUCGAUACCUUCGUCAUCGAGUUUAACCACGAGCAUUCCUCCCAGUACUACAUCUUUGAGUACAACCGUCGUUAGUGGUGUAUCUUCAAAUGAUAUCACAACCAUUCUAGUUAUGAGUACUGUGACUCUAGGGACUGGAUCUGGUGAAGUUCCCGUGAUUCCAGCAACGACAAGUUCGACUUCAACUUCGACCUCAGCUGUUGAAACAACUCCAUCGCCAAGUGCUCAAUCGACGGUGGGAAGUUCAGUUUUGAGUACCGAUUCAAGUUCUAAUGCUGGAUAUACUGGAGCAUCAACUGGAACAAGCCAAACCAUCGUUUCCGUACCUACGACUACCAGUUCUUCGAGUUCCAUUGUCCCUGUUCCCACGACUACUAGUUCUUCGACCUCAAUUGUGGAUGGAAUUACAGGUGUUUCGACCGGAGUUGAACCCACCAUCUCAUCCCUUGAAUCGACCACUUCACCCAGUUCGACUGUCAUCAGCUCAUCAGUACAAUCUGUUGCGACAAGUUCCAAUGCUGGAUUUUCCGGAGCAUCUACUGGUACAUCCCAAACUGUUGUAUCGGUUCCUACAAUCGUUAGCUCUUCUAGCUCAACUGUGGAUGGAAUUACUGGAGUCUCAACUGGAGGAUCCAGUUCAAUAGUUUCUACGCCAUCCUCCACUUCGGUUCUUGAAGGAAUAACUGGAGUACCAACUGGAGUAUCUAGCCCAUCAUCCACCAGUUCCUAUGUUCUCGUCGGAGUUUCAUCGGUUACUACAAAAUCGGCUGUCGAACCAAUCAGUAGUUCCAGCAAUACUGAUAUUGAUAUUUCCCUUGGAUUAACUGGAGCCUCCACCGGUGUACCCACAACUACCAGCGCCACUAGCGUCUCUAGUGUGUCAAGCACGUCCGUUUCCGAAGAUUUUGGCGUUUCUGGACCAUCAACAGGUACACCCCCAAAAUCCACUGAGACUAGCGCUACCGAAACUUCAAUCCAAAGCACAGUUGCUGGAAUUUCUGGAGCAUCUACUGGUACUGCACCAGUCAUUGUUCAGACAAGCACCUCUGAAGCUUCAACCCAAAGCACCGUUGAUGGAAUUUCCGGUGUAUCCACUGGCACUGUCCCAACUUCCAUCGAAAGUACUGCUUCCGAGACUUCAAUUCCAUCCUCGAGCUCAGUCGCGGGUAUUACCGGAGCAUCAACUGGAUCUGGUUUAUCAGUAACUGCGCCAGUUUCAGUUCCAACUUCAUCCGAGACUCCAAUUCAAAGUUUAACCGCCUCAGGUGUUUCUGGAGUACCUACUGGUACAGCUCCAACCGUUAUUUCCAGUGUUGCUCAAUCAUCAGAAACCUCUGAAACCUCUGUAGCCACCACUAUCACGUCUGCCUCUUCCAGUGAUGUUGCCGGAACUGGUUCAGCUCCAAGUACAACUGUAUCCCCAUCUUCAGUCGCAUCAGUAGAUAGUUCUUCAAGCUCAAACCUUUUGGAGCCAAUUGUCGCUUCCACAGGUUUAAUUCCAAUUAGUAUUAUCCUUCCUACCACAACUUCUGAAUCCGAUUCUCAAAGUACAUUGGUAACUUCAGCCACUACUUCCUCACCAGCUAGUGGGAUCACUUUUGGACCAGGUGGAGUUUUAUCCGGCUCAAGUACUAUCACUGCAAGUCCUUCGGAUACAAACACCUCCCCAGUAUCUGUUCCAACUGAUUCAUCAUCUGGUCUUUUGGGAGUUAUUGGUACGGGAGUAACCAGUUUGGUUGGUGGUGUGACUUCAGAUCUAGGAACUGCAGUAUCACAAGUAACGAGUGCUAUUUUACCAACAGAUUCAUCAGCUGCAACUUCAAGUGCUGGAGUUUCUGGACCUGCUACAGGUGUUUCUUCUGAAACUACUUUGGCUGGCGUUACUGGACCAUCCACUGCUGCCUCAGAUAUCUCACCUUCAAACACUGCUACUACAGAUAGUUCAGUGCCAACAACUGUUCCUGGGAUUACUGGAAUAUCCACCGGUAUCUCAGCACCUUCAAGCACAGUUUCUGGAAUUACUGGAGCCUCAACAGGAACCGCUCCAAUCUACAGUCCAGGUGCCGCUUCAUCAUCAGCUUCCGGCGAUUUGCUCUCAUCCUUGGUCGGUGGAGUAUCCUCCUUGGUAUCUUCCGCUACCUCGGAUAUUCUUUCAACUUCCUUGACUUCCCUUACGGAUUCUGUCGCUUCGGCUUCAGCUUCCUCAGCGGGGAUUAUUGGAGCUACUACAGGUAUAUCUGCCACGGAUUUGAGUGCUACAGCUUCUCCUACUUCUGCUGGAAUUACUGGACCUGCAACUGGUGUUUCAAGUGGAUCUGCAUCUACUACAGCCCCAGCCGGUUUACUAUCAUCUCUUGUAUCUGGAGUAACUUCGGAUGUUGGAUCCCUCACAUCUGAUUUACUUACAACCAGUACUGCCUCAGCUACCGGAAUAGAAGCUACUGAAUCCGCAUCUGUUAUAGGUACUUUGAAUAGUACCGAUGCUUCAAAUACCGCUUCCGCUACAGAUUUGAUUUCUUCCCUUGUAUCUGGAGUUACUUCCGACUUCAGUUCUGUCUUGGCAUCUGAAACCUCGAAUACAUUACCAACUACUACCGCUACUGAUUUGAGUGCUUCUGCAUCAUCUGCAGGAAUUACCGGCCCAGUUACAGGAGUCAGCCCUACUGCCACUGAAUCCUCUGUCCCAACAUCAACCGGUCUUCUUUCCGGUAUUACUUCUCUUCUUGGGUCAGUAACCUCGGAUCUUUCUUCUCCAACUUCCAAUGUAACCUCUGGAAUUGGAUCAAUCACGUCAGAUUUAUCUAGUGCCCCAAGUUCAAUAAUUCUCAGCGGAACAGGUGUAUCUGCCUCGGCUACAGUUACCUCGGAAAGUGCAUCAUCCACAGGAUUAUUAUCCUCCGUCAUUUCUGGUGUUACUUCCAUUGUUGGUUCUUCCACAUAUCUCUCUUCCACCGCAGCUAGUACUACUACACCAUCUUCCUCCAGUUCUACUCCAUUGGGAAGUAUAAUAUCGAGCAUUUUUGGCUCUAGCACUGCCAGUGAAUUAUCUGCUACGAUUACUAGUGAUAUAUCAACUGCCACUGGAGCUCCAAAUGCUACAGCCAUUACAUCUGGAACAGAUAUUGUAUCAAGUACCUCCAUUAGCCUUGGAUCUUCUUCUACAAUUUCAGGAAUUGUUCUCCCAACCACUGCAAGUGGAAAUGAGACCUCGAUUGCAGUAUCUACAACUGGCAUUUCCACCAGCGUUCAAACCGGAUCUGCUACCACUACAUCCAGUUCAGGAACAGGAAUUAUUACUUUAUCGACUUCCUCCGUAACUUCUGUAACCAGUGGAUCAGCCAAUGUUACUGAUACUUCAGUCUCCGCUUCCUCCGCUUCUGCCUCGAGCCUAUCGAGCAUUGCAACAUCAGUUUCUGCCACAACAACACCAAACACAACGGUAACUGAUGUAUCCUCAACGGCAGCUUCUUCAGCAACUGUUACCUCUGGAAGUUCAGCUAAUACUGCACCAAUUACUUCCGUUCCCUCAACGACCGUUACUCCAUCAACAAUUGCCUCUCCCACUCAAGAAAGUACUACUUCAGUUGUUAAGACUCAAACGGCUAGUGAAACCACAGCUCCUCUCACAAUCUACCCAACAGCCACAAACAAUGCUACAUCAAUGUGGCUUCCACAAACCAUCAUUGUUCAAUCUUCAUCAACUAAUCAAGUCACUCCUACCAACACUGCACUUGCUACAACUUUACCAAAGGUCAUCACACCUAGUGGAUCUAUUCCAACCAGUCCAGAAAACUCUACUUUGAUUCAACUUGGUUUCCUUUUCCAACUUAAUUAUGCAUUUGUUGUUGCCAACCCACUUUCAUCAGCACAAAUCUUCCAAUACCUCCCAAUAGGUAUUGCCAAUGGAUUAGGAAUCAAGCAAGAACAAGUUGUGAUGCACAGUCUUAUUCCAUACAAUACACAAUCUCAAUUGGAAUACAUUACAACUUUGGCACUCGCUUAUAUCCCCACCAACUUGGUCAGCACAUUGGAACUUGAUUUACACACACCUACAGCAGCUAUCUACAACAAUCCUGAUACUUCAGUUAGCACACUUGUUAGCUAUAUCAACCCUUCUAUUCCAUUAACACCUGGAUCAACUCUUGAAGGUGGUUCUGGAACGGGUACUGACAGUUCUGGAUCAGCAGCAACUACUAGUGCUUCAGGCAAUAGUGGUGUCUUCAAUACUGAUGCUCAAAAUACCUCACCAAAGGUUAAGAGUACCACAGCUGGUAUCGUUGUUGGAGCAGCAGGUGCAGCAGCUGCGUACGGUGCUGCCAUGUUCUUCAUCGCCAGAAGAUACAAGAAACGUAAGCUUAGCCAUCGUCGAUCAAACUCGAUCAUGAAUGCAUCCGAAAUGAGACAAUCUGGUGCUUUCACUGGUGGUGCAUUCAUGUCUGGUGGUCGUUUGACGCCUGGUAUUGGAGGAACCGAUAGAAAUAGUGGAGGAAGUGGAAGAAGUGCAGGACAUUCAGCACGCACACAACAAAUCUCGGCACCAAUGAUGGCAGAGAAUUCAUUGGGAUGGAAUUGA